UUUCCCUUCCCCGUCCAGGGCAGCGGGGGCUUGCCGCGCUACGAGGAGCUGAAGGAAGAGCAAGAAUUGGGCUCCCCGGGCUCGGCCAUGGCGCUCCGCUCCACCGUGAUCCCGAUGCACUCGUCGCCGCAGGUCUACGUGGUGCCUCCCCGCGACCACCUCGCCUGGUCGCUCUUCACCACCCUCUACUUGAACUUCUGCUGCCUCGGCUUCAUGGCCUUGGUCUUUUCCAUCAAGUCCAGGGAUCGCAAAGUGAUGGGUGACCACAGUGGUGCUGCCAGCUAUGGGUCUACUGCCAAGUCCCUGAAUGUGGUGGCUCUCGUGUUCUGUAUCCUGCUCAUCGUUGUCGUCAUCAUCCUGCUAGUUGGAGGGGUCAUUACUGUCACGAAUUUGAAUCCAUAAAACCUACUCAACUGCUGCAAAGUG